GCUAGCCACUGGAAAUCAAAAUUUCUCGGGACAGACUUGUCCCCUGCCAUUUGUUUACGAACAUGAGAACAAAGAAGAAUCACCGAUUGAUAGCAGUGGGGCAGUGUAACUGAUAAGAGCGCAUGAGACGAGACCUACAGAUGCCCGUUCUGGACAGGCAGAUGGAAACAGUUCUCACCGGUUCGCACAAGUGAUAAGUACUAGUUAGAAUGGCAGCAGCGAUCCAAAAUACCCUUAAAGUGGCGCUCAGAAAGCGCAUGAAGGAUGCACUGAAGGGUUUAGACACUGAGGCCAUUGCCCGACAAUCCCAAGCAGUCACGGCCAAGGUGCUGCAAAGCGAGGUUUUCCGUCAGGCGCAGCGGGUGAGCAUCUACCUGAGCACAACAUCUGAAUUGGACACCACGGCGCUGCUCAGGGAAAUGUUUCGCCUGGAGAAGAUGGUCUUUGUGCCAACCUACGAGGGUACCAAAAUGAAGAUGGUUAGGCUACGCGGCAUGGACGAAUACGAGAGCCUUCCACUGACCAAGUGGAACAUCAAGCAGCCUGACUUCAAAGAGGCGCGUGAGGACGCCAUGACAAAUGGGCACGGCAUCGAUUUAUUCAUUGUUCCCGGGGUGGCUUUCACCCGCUGUGGAGCUCGCAUGGGCCAUGGAAUGGGUUACUAUGACAAGUUUUUGAAGCAGCACGCCGAAAAAUAUCCCCACAAGAAGGUCUCGCUGAUGGCACUGGCCCUAAACGAGCAGAUCGUCAGCAAUGAGGAGCUGCCCAUGGAGACACACGAUGUCCGUUUGCACAGUGUUAUUACAGAAAAUUAACUUUAAGCUUAUAUACAACUUGGUGAAAACAUGGUUAACUAAUACAAAAUCUGCACAUGUUAUUAUGUAAUGGAAUUUAACUGCUAAAUAAAAACGAACUGGUUUUAUAUUCCAACACCCAA